AUGCCUGGCCUUUACAGCGCUGUGCCCCCUCCAUCUGAGGCCCCGCGUCCGGCUGCAUCACCAGCUGGUAAGGCAGCCUCGCCGUCGCCAAGGACCCCUUCACGCCAGAACAACCAUGCGACACCGCCCGGCGUCAUCGAUAUCGAGGCCUGGACCAUCUCCGCCCUCCAAUCCCUGAGCGUCAGUCCCAUCGCGCGAGGGACCGGUUCGCCACUCACCAUCCCGCUGGACGAAGCUCCCAAGCAGGCGGAGGACAAGCCCCUGGCUGAAGGGACGAGACGGACAGUCACCAUCGCACGCCUCCCUCCAGACCGCCUCAUCGGCGUGCCCAACGCCCAGCCGCCCAUCCCCUCCGACUUUGAGCCUCGCCCGACACACCCAUCCACCAACGUUCCCUACCACCUCGCCGCCUUCUGGGAUCGCGACUCGCCCACGUCGGCCUCUGUCCGCCAGCGCCUCGACACAAAAUCUCUCGCCCAGCAAGCCCGCCGCAAGACGCAGCAGCUCGCCAACGGAUCCGCCACCGGCCGCGGCGCCGGCAUGGUGCCGCGCGACCUGCGCGAUUACACCAAGCGGUCCCCCGCCAUCAAGAACUGGGUUCGUUUCCUCGAGGAGCCGGUCCGCAACUUUGUGCGCCAGCAGCGCGGCGACGCCCCCGUAGACGAGGACACGGAUGCCGAGGGCCUGGACAGCGAGGACGAGGAGAUUGUCUUUGUUGGCCGCAAGAACCAGCCGACGCCUGCUGCUGCCGCUGCCAAGGCGCAGGGCUGGAAGAAGGCGACGCGCGACGACGGCAGCGGCAACCUUGAGACAGGCGUUGUCUUUGACGAGCUGGGCGACGACGAGAGCGCGUCCUUCAAGUGGGUUGCCCCCGAGAUGCGGCCCCACGAGGAAUCGUUUACUGACUUGGUCUUUUCGCAGGCGCUGGCUCACACACUCCAUCUCCGACUACUACGGCCUCGAGUCGCGCUCCGUCACAACGGGGACACCCGCCCGACGCGUCGUCUACAUUGGCUCGAAACAACUCGAGACCAACCACAGGGGGCCCAACGCCAGUCAUGA